AUGUACUAUGAUAAUCACACCCAUGCUCAGUUUUCCCAGCCCACCAAGGUCAUCCAUGUGCGCAACCUGCCCUUCGAGGUGACGGACGAGGAGAUCAUAGAAAUGUGCAGCGAGUUCGGCAGCGUGAUCGCAGUCAAGGGACGGAUUGGGGAGAAGAAAAACCAGGCGUUUGUGGAAUUCGCUGAGCUGGACUCCUCCAUCGCCAUUGUCACCCGGUAUCAAGGCCCCGCCGACCCAGCAAGGGAAACCUUGGCCCCGUUGCUGACGCUGGAGGUGCUGAACGCGGUGUUCGCGGCCUUUGGCCCCGUGCUGAAGAUGGCGCUGCAGCCGCAGGGGCCCAGCGAGGGCCUGCAGUACUGCUCCGCGCGCAACCUGGUCAUCCCCGUGCAGUCGGCGCACACGCGUGACUUCACGCGCCCCGAGCUGGCCUGGGGCGAGCCCAACCGCGCCUACAUCAGCUCCCUGGUCCCAGCCGCCGACGCGGGCGGCGCCACGCGCGUGCUCAGCAUCACCUUUGACCAGGCCACCUACCCCGUGACCCUGGAGGGGCUGCAUACCAUCUGCUCCACCUACGGCGCGGUGCAGAAGAUCCACACCUACGAGCGCGACGCGCGAAUCGUGGCCCUGGUGCAGUAUGCGGAGCAGUCGACCGCCACCGCGGCCAAGGCGGCGCUGGAGGGCCACCCCAUGUACGGCGACGGCGCCAACGUCAUGCGCCUGGUCUACUCGCGCCACAACGACCUGGUCAUCCGCCCCGGCGAGCGGUCCCGCGACUUCUACGCGCAGCAGUACGUGCCGAGGCAGGGCGCGCCACGGCAGGGCGGCGCCGCGCCGCAGCAGGGUUAUGGCAGGCCGGGCGGCCACCCCGCCACGCAGCAGCAGCAGCAGCAGUACCAGGCGCGGCCGGGGGGUUACCCUGGCUACCCGCCGCCGGGGUCCUGGGGCGGGGCGAUGGCCCCGCAGCCCUACGCAGCCUAUGGGGGGUACUAUCACCCGCAGCAGUACCAGGGGUACCCCCCGCCUCCCCCGCCGCACCACCAGGGGUACUACCAGCAGCCAUGA